UAAUCAAUCCGGUUUCUUCUGCUGCCAUAAACAGCUUCAGUUUGCCCUUUGCUUUGUUUCUGCUGUAAUCUGAUCCAUCUACUACUGCACAGUCCUCUGUGUGCAGUAGGAGCCAAUCAGAGGCAAGAAUGCUCGUUUGCUGGAUGUGUAUUCUCAGAUGUCUUUGUUGGUAUAAAAAGAAACUCCACAGUUAUCAUUUUCCAUUUAACAGUUAAAAGAUAAUGCACGACACUAAGCCAUUCUGAAUUGUCUCUUGUAUUUCAAGACACCAACUCAAUCCUGUGUUCACAGCAUCCCCUGUUGGCCGAUCAAUGCUUGAUUUGUUAUGCCUGCUGGCAAUUGGCCACCUAUGAAAUCACUGCAGUGGCUGAUCAGACCAAAGUAGCUGCUGAUGCUGCAGGUGCACCUAAGAGGGGAAAGCAUGAAGAGGAUGAGCAAUGAGUGGAGUCCAGAAAUGAGCAAGCUCUAAUUGAAUUGUCCCGGGCAGGAUGCUGCUUCGUGUCUCUCUUUUGUUCUUUCAGCCACUUUUUCAAAGAGGACUUGGGGAACCCCUCCAAAAGGAUGAAACUGAGGGUGCAUCUUGUGAGGGAGGUGGACCAUCCCUUUCAUGGUAUAUGAAUGGGGUUAAGCAAGAUGAAGGGCUGGGCAGGGAACCCCCAUUUUUGCUACCUGUGUCCCCUGGGAGUUCCAGCAGGCUUACGCUUGUUGAAACCAGAGGAGAAAACUGCAGUAAUGCAUGGCAGAAAGGAGAUGAGCUACUGAGUGUACAUUUCCCUCCUGAUUCUCCAGUUAAUUCAGUCCAUGCACCAGGAAUUUCCCUUCUCCUUCUCUUAGUGGUCCGAACUCAGCCAGCUUCCAGUUUCACCCUACGGGACCAUGAUGGGCGAAAAACUCUCAAUUCUUCUCGUCUAUUGCUGCUGGAUACUAGAAAUUUGGAUACCAAUGGCAGCCUAAGGGUGAAGGUCAGCACUGAAGAGAGAGGAGUCAGUCAAACAUCUGUAAGUGCUCUGGGCCUCCUCUCUUCUCAAGUUGAAGUGCCCCUUUUUGCCUUGGUUGUUGGGGGAGCAGGAGUGGUUGCUGGUAUCCUGCUUGUGAAUGCACUGGUCUGUUGCCUUCUGAUGAAGAGGAAGAGGCGGAAUUAUGGAGAUAGAACCCAUCUUACCCUCAGUACUUCCAAUAAUAUGAAACUGAACAACAGUUGUCUUCCUCGGGAACACAUGUCUCUACCAUCCAACCUACAGCUAAAUGAUCUUCGUCCCCAAGCCAGAGGACCACAGGGUAGCUCCGAAGGGGAAACACAGGAGGAUUCAUCUCUGAGAUGUGGCACUUUAGCCGACGCAGGGUUUGAUCGGUUUCCUUUGGUGGGCUACAUUUAUAAAGCAUCGAGCGUAAGCAGCGAUGAAAUCUGGCUCUGAGUCCUUCAUAGAAGCUGUAGUUUUGGUUUUUUUUUUCCUUUUUUAGAAACUUAUGGCCAUCUCCAACAUAGCCAUAGUUUCCCAUCACACUGGAUCUACAAACCUGUUGCAUGUACCAGGGUGCAGCAAUAGGUCUUCAUCUUAUCUGGGUAAUAAGAGCAUGCCUGGUCCUUUUGAUAAUGCUGUAGCCUGGCACAACUCGGCAUCUGCAAGAUCUAUUCUAUGCCAGGAGAUUUCUAUAACCUCACAAUUUGAGGGGGAAAAUGUUCAUAACUAUGUUGCUGCUGGCGGUUUGUGAAAAUCAGAAAAUUGCUGCUUUCUCUAACCUUGUAUGUUCCAGGCUAAAUACAAAAGGCACUGUAUGAACAACAUAAACCCUACACUAAGCUCCAUAUUAUAAGCUUGUGUAUAGAUGCAGUAGUAAGAAGUAAUAUCUGGCUGCAGAUAUAAUAAACUAGACUUUGAGGAUAUAUAUGCAAGGCAUCCUGGAAUGGGCAAAUAGGAAGUCGCAGAAUUUAUAGUACAGGGGUUCUGUGCCAGAUUUGUAUUGAACACUUGGAUGUCCUAUUUAUAAAGUGUUAUUAAAACUGGCCAAAUUAUGCAGAUUGUGAGUUUCUGCAGCCUGUCUAUAAAACCUCAACAAAAUAGUUUUAUUCUGACAGUAAACACAUUUGACAGCAACUGUGACCAAAAAAACUGUGACAUUUGUUUGGCAGCCCAGGCCUUGAAAUUCCAUUUUUUCUAAUAGAAUAAUUUAGAACUUUUUGGGCAAAAAUGUAAGCAGUCGCUAGUAUUUUCCUAAAUGCUGCUAAUUUUGUCGAAAAGGAUACUGAAAUAAUGGGAUAUCAGUAACAUGUUUACGACAUGGACUGAAUUUCCAUCCAUGUUCAGCAACUUAGAUGGAAACUUUUUGAAGCUUUAUUAAUAGGCAGUUCAGCAUCAAUAGAAACUGGUGCAAGCAUAAAUUCAUAACUGAUGGUGAAGCUGUAUAAGUAGUACAAUAGAGUUAAUGGCACUAGGCAUGAUUCCAGGUGUUGAUGGUAUUUGAUACCUCCAUGGAUGGACAACAAACACCUGGCAUUAAAAUACAGAUUAUUCGGUUGUUAUCCUCGAUUUCUCAUCUUUCAUAGGGACAAAUACAAUAGAAGAAUACAUUGUAGAGGCUGCCCUGUAAAAAUGCAUUGGUAGUGUUAUAUAUUAAAGAAAAAGGUGCAGCACUAAGUACUUAAGUCCCAUUGCAUGAUGCAGUAUCACUAUACUGUCCAUUUGCAGUGGAAUAGCUGUUUGUGUUGAGCAAUGCUCUAGCAGGCACCAACUGCUUCCUAUCUGCAUGUUUUUCUUCUUGAGUAGGCAACCUAUUUCUGUCAAAUAGCAAUAAAUGGCAGUGUCCUAUUCUCAAUGUAUGCUUUUCAAACACUGUUCUAAGAUUAGGAUUCCUAUUGCUUAAGCAGCUUUCCAAAGAGAUGUACACAGCAGCAGAAUUUCGUGCUUGUUUAGCAAUCUGAUGCAAAUGUGCAAAUUCCUGUGGUUCACAAACUGGCGUUUAGGUUCCCCAGGGAAGUCCUCUGAAAUAUGUGGAUCACAAAAUGUACCAACUUUCAAAAGAUAUUGUUAGAAUAAUAAUAAUUGUCUGUGAUUGCUGCCUUAUACUUUGAAUUAAAUAAAAAAAUAUCUGCUUAGUU